AUGCUGCGCAGGAUCCCCAGCGAAGCGCUCUCGCACGCAGGCCCCGAGGAGCAGGAGCUGCGGUGCAAGCUGCUGCGUGGAGCCACCAUCGUCUUCUUCUCGGCCGGCUAUCCCAGGAAGAAGUUCAUCUACCGCAAAGCCGCCAAAAUGGGCGUCAAGGCAGUCAUCAUCGACACACCUGACUCGUGGGCGAAGUCGCUUGUCGAGGAGCAGGUUAUCGCGAAGUUCAUCCCCGUGGACAUGGGGAUGGACGCUGAGUCGGUGUUCAACAGCGCACUCGCCGCCAUCAAGGAGCUCAGCGCGGACGAAGCGACGGGUCCAGCGGACGGCAUCUGCACGUUCUUGGAGCAGAGUCUGGAGAUGGCGUCUCGUCUGGCCGAGGCAACUGGGCUCCCCGGCCCCAAGCCCGAGGCGGUGGACAUCGCGCGCAACAAACACCUCACCCGGAAAGUCAUGGCGGACGCCGGGCUGCCCUCCAUCGCCAACAUGCUCAUCGAGAACGAAUCUCAACUCGAGGAGGCUGCGCGAAAGGUCGGCUUUCCGUCUGUGCUGAAGCCUGUGGGCGGCUUCGCUUCGUUGGGCGUGCAGAAGGUGAACAACGAGGCAGAGUUGCUGUCGGUGUACCGCGAAGUCGUAUCGGUACUGCGCGGGCUGGUGGUUUCGGAGGGCUCUGCUCUGCGCUCGAGUGCUGCUCCCGACGAGAGGACCAAUGGCGUCGAUCUUGACAAAGUGAUUGACACGACGGUGAUGUUGGAGGAGUACUUGGAUGGCGACGAGGUGGACAUCGACAUCGUCAUGAGCAACGGAGAGGCGCGAUACAUCACCGUGUCGGACAACGGGCCGACUCAC